UUUUCAUAAAGAAAAAAAAGAAAAAGGAAAAAAGCUUCAUUGUCUCAAGCUCAAGCACUAGCUCCCUAGCUUUGUUUCAGCGUAAGCAGCUUCACAGUUCACACCGCCGGUACCCUCGCCCCUCCGCCGCAACCACCGCCACCCGCCGUCACACAGUUACCUGUCUGCGACGGAAGAGAAGGCGAAAAUCAAACUAAGUAGUCAGAGUAGCAUCGCUUCUGAUCGUUGCGGAUAGCAGUUAAUCGUGCGUGCUUCGUGUAACGAACAAAAUGGGUGCACCAAAGAAAAGCUCCGCUAGGGUUUCAGAGGACCCUGACGAUUUGGUUAGGGUUCCAUGGCAGGCCAUUCUCUUGGCUGAUAGCUUCACCACCAAGUUCAGACCUAUCACGCUUGAACGCCCCAAGGUGUUAUUGCCACUCGUGAAUGUUCCGAUGAUCAAUUACACCUUGACCUGGCUCGAAUCCGCUGGUGUUGAAGAGGUUUUCGUUUUCUGCUGUGCUCAUGCCAAGCAAGUGAUUCAAUAUUUGGACAAAUCCGAGUGGUUAUCGCAACCGAAUUUCACCGUGACCACUAUCGAGUCACAGAAUUCUGUGAGCGCUGGAGACGCGCUCCGCGUGAUCUAUGAGCGCAAUGUGAUACAUGGAGACUUUGUCCUGAUCAGUGGAGAUACUGUAAGCAACAUGUCACUUACUCAGGCACUUCUAGAACAUAAAGAAAGGAAGAAGAAAGAUAGUAACGCUGUAAUGACCAUGGUCAUCAAACGGUCAAAACCUAAUCAAGCUAUCCAUCAGUCUCGACUUGGUACUGAUGAAAUUUUUAUGGCCAUUGAUCCUGAUACCAAGCAGCUUUUGUAUUAUGAGGAUAAGGCAGACUAUUCAAAAAGCACUUUACAUCUUGAUAAGUCAUUGCUUGUUGAUAAUCCUUCCCUCUCUCUGCACCAUGACAAGCAGGAUUGUUACAUUGACAUAUGCUCGCCGGAAGUCCUUAGCCUAUUUACGGACAAUUUUGACUACCAACAUCUACGGCGUCAUUUUGUCAAGGGAUUGCUUGUUGAUGAUAUAAUGGGGUACAAAAUCUUUGUUCAUGAAAUCCACUCAGACUAUGCUGCAAGGAUUGAUAAUUUCCGAAGUUACGACACUGUCAGCAAGGAUAUAAUUCAUAGAUGGACAUAUCCAUUUGUACCAGAUGUUAUGAAUUUUGGCAAGACAGCUACUAAACUUGAACGACAAGGAAUGUAUCGUGCUUCAGAAAUAUCUCAGUCACAAUCUGCUGUUAUUGGCCCGUCCACAGCUAUAGGAUCUGGCACCAAAAUUGGGUAUAACACUAAAAUUUCAAAUUCUAUUAUUGGAGAAGGAUGUAAAAUUGGGUCAGAUGUACUCAUAGAGGGAUGCUAUAUAUGGGAUAACGUCACCAUAGAAGAUGGCUGCAAACUUUGGCAUGCAAUUGUAUGUGAUGGAGCGACUAUGAAGUCGGGAGCUGUUCUGGAACCUGGUGUUGUUUUGUCUUUCAAGGUUGUAGUUGGGCAGGGGUUUGUUGUUCCUCCUUAUUCAAAAGUAUCUCUAUUACAGCAGCCAAUUGAGGAAGAUAGUGAUGAGGAGCUCGAAUAUGCUGAUAGUGCUAGUGCUAUCACCAGUACAGUGGAUAAGUCAGAUGUAGAAAUUGCUUACCAGGAAUUGGAUACACAUUUUAGCCCUCCUUCAGAGCUAGGUAUGGGUGGGGCUGGUUAUGUUUGGCCAAAAUGUGAAGGAGGCCAUGAAGAAGAGUGGAGGCAUUCAGUAGCGCCUAUUACUGCAGAUAAAAUUUUGGAAGCACUGAAAGCUAUUGAAGAUGAUUUGGAGUUAACACAUGAUGACACCAUUCUCCCACCUUCUGGGGAGCUGAAACCUGAUUCUAGUGAUUCAGAUGAUGAUGAUAAUGACGAUUCUAGAGAUGAUUUUGAUAAAGAGGUUGAAGCAACUUUUCUCAGGGGUGUGGAUGAAAACAUACAAGAUAACCAUUUGAUCUUAGAAGUCAACUCCUUGAAGUUGUCAUACAAUAAGGUAACUGCUGAUUGCGCUGGAGCUGUAUUUUAUGCAAUGAUGAAACAUGCUAUAGACAUGCCCCAUAGUUCAGCUGAUAGCUUGAUGAAGAAUGUUCAGGAUGUACUUAAACAAUGGAAAAAUGUUCUUGCACCCUAUCUGAGUGAUAUGGAUGAGCAGAUUGAAGUAAUACUAAAACUUGAAGAAAUGUGUCUGGAAUCUGCGAAGGAGUAUGCUCCAUUGUUCACAAAGAUAUUGCACUUCAUGUAUGAAGAAGAUAUUGUAGACGAAGAUGCUAUUUUGAGUUGGGAAGAUGAGAAGAAAGACGCAGAUGAAUAUGAUAAAGUUUUUGUUAAGCAGGCCCAAAAAUUAAUUCAAUGGCUAAAAGAGGCGCCUGAAGAAGACGACGAUGACGAGUAGGAAGGAUUUUGUGAGGCUAUAACAUUAUCUUUUGCCAGGUGCUGUCAUUUCAUGAAACAAAAGGGAUUUUUGUUGACUCUCCUCCCUGAAAUUCAAGUGUGCAGUUAUUUUGACAUGGUUCCGUGUGAUGCUCUGAAAAAAUAUAAUCUAAUGAAAAUUGGAAGGUUUCGUAGGAAUGUGCCCUCAAGUUUGUUUCGUUGUGUGAUCACUUACCUGUAAAUUGUAUCCACCCAGCAGGUGAAGUAGUUAUAUAUUGUUAGGGUUAAAUGUAGAGGAACUCCUCUAAUUUUGGGUCAUGUAUGAAUUUAAUAAUGCGUAUACUGCCGUAAAGAAAAGUAAAGCUCAUACAACUAAAAAUAAAAGUUGAGAUAUUAUUACAA